GAAUGAUUUACACGAGGGCGUGAAGGAGCCACUCUGAAGGCUGUUCACUGUGACGCAACAGCCUCCCAAGGUUUGUCGUCUGUCGUGAGGAUCAACCCCUCGCCUCGUUUCAUUUUGGUGGGUUGAUUGUCACAGAUAACCACUGCAAAGUGAAUUGCCAUGCGCACGCUUACUCUGAUCCGCAAGACCCUCCUCUAAACAACCAAACUCGACAUACAGUCGGUCUGCAGGCCAGGUCUGCAGGUCGGAAAUUCCGAUAGUGCCAAGGCCGGGGUUGAGCUCGAAAAUUCUUUCGAACCUGCAGACAUGUCUCGCGCCCGCUAGCCGAGUCUCCCACAAACACCAACCAUACAUACCCGGCUGCCAACCGUAUCCGCGGCCGACUGGACCAUCAUGCCCGCUAUCCGGGGUUCUAAUUCGAAGAAGAAGACGCGGCGACAUACGCGCGAUCUCGAUCAGGUGCACGCCGACCUUCACUCCGAACGACAUCUUGCCCAGUACAAGGACACAAAGGCAGUUGAAGACCUCCCCGGGCUAGGGCAGUGGUAUUGCAAAGAGUGCGCGAAAUGGUUUGAGAGCGAGACGAAUUUUGGAGCGCAUCAGAAGGGGAAGGUCCACAAGCGGAGAGUAAGGCAACUCCGCGAGAAACCAUACUCCCAGAAGGAGGCAGAGGCAGCGAUAGGCCUUGGGACAGACAACGGCAAGCGGACGACCACGCUAAUGGAGGUGGACGAACUCCCAACUGCGGAAUGAGUGCAACAAGAGUUAGAGGAGACCUGAGUAUUGGAGGCUAGGAAUUAGCUUUUAGCUGUUGCGAUGAGGGGUCUGAUUGAGUGAAUAAGUGCUCAUGUGGAGUUUGGUUUACAAGCAUAUGGGCGGCAUAGCGUACACCCAGCUCACAGUCUGGCUGCCUGGGCGAUAUCUGCAUUGCAAGGUGUUCUGAGACAGGGAAAGGGCUGCGAAGAGGUGUCCAAAAUAUUCAAAUGAUACCCGGAGCAAAUGAACAUAGAGG